AUGGCCGAGGUUGCUGCUGAUGUUGCGACGCUUCGGGCUGUUCUGCCAGAGUUCGAGUAUUCAGUGACCCUGGACGAAGCGGCGCAUGCCACCGAGUUGAGGGCUCGCCAACAGGAGAUCUCAACCGCGAAGGCAGAGCUCCAGCAGCAGCUGCAAGCAGAGAAGGCGAAGGUGGUUGCGACAGAGGAAGAGGUUUCUCUGGCCAAGGAUGCAGACAAAACACGUGCCGACAAGCUGAAUGAGAAGGUGACCAUGCUGAUCGACCGGCAGGUGGACCUCCAGACGGCGGAGAAGGAGUAUCGAGAGGUGGAAGCAAGUGGCCGUUGCGAGGCCCAGAUUGGUGCGGAGCUGCGAGAGGCCAUGCAGAAGCAUGAGCACAUCACCAACACAGUGAUCUCAUCCCUGCUUGCGGGAACCUGCACUUCCGGAAAGGUGAAGUCGGAGUACCUCGAAGCUGUGAGAGGUUAUCUUCAGGAAAUCCAGGUUGAGAAGACACUGGUGGCUGCAGCAGAUGGCCUUGGUGUUGCCCCUGACAAGCGCGGGACAUUCGACAAGAUGGCCAUCGACUCCAUCACCGAGGCUUUGGCAGAGAAGCGACGCUCACUCGAGGAGGUCCUUGCAGCACGAGCCCCUGCAGAGAAGGAGGCACGAGCCGAGCUUCUCGGGCUCUGGGCGUUGACCGACGUCUGUCGAGAGAAGGCAGAAGCUGCCGAAGCUGAACACAAGAAGGCGGAGGAUGAAGUGAAGGCCGCGAAAGGCGUCAUGAAAGCUCUCCGACAACGGGUCCUGCCCCUGCCUUGCUCAGACUUGGCAUCGAGUCUAGAGUAUGG